AUGGAGCCCAACUCAACAGCCGCCCUGGCCCGUCUGGCUGCCGUCCAGAACCACUUGACCAUCCAGCCCUGCUUCCACCGCCACGCUAUCCACAACGACAAGCCUACCGGUCCGGCCGACCUGGCCCGUGAGCGCGCCAAUGCCUCCUUCAAAGUCGAUGACAUGACCGAAGUUAUCUUCCGUGGCAAGGAAAACGUUGACGCCUUGAACUUGGCGUUCCAGAUGAUCCAGCGCGAUCCAGAUCUGAGGAUGCGCGCAGGACACCACCACGACCUGACCAGAGCCGAGGACCGUGAACAGACAAUGCGUCAGAUUGCGCGGGUGGUCGAGUUGAGGAAGCAGAUCAAGGACCCUCGUCUUGCCCAGGCCCUCUUCACCGCCAUGGCGUACUACUCAGAGUCGUUCUCGAUGCGUAUUUAUGUCCAUGAGAUGUUGUUCAGGCAAGCGGUCACGCUUUUCGGAUCUCCUGAGCAGCAGGAUCAGUGGCUGGAUGAUAUUAACAACUGGAGAGUCAUUGGAUGCUUUGCCAUGACUGAACUAGGAACUUCGUCGAACUUGCGUGGAUUGGAGACAACUUCGACGUAUGACCGUGCUACCAACGAGUGGGUCAUUCACUCGCCUACGUUGACCUCGACCAAGUGGUGGAUCGGCAUGUCUGGAGAGACCGCGACCCAUACCGUUGCCAUCUGCCAGACGAUCGUCGAUGGAGAGAACCACGGUAUCAACUGGUUCAUCGUCCCCCUCCGUGACGGCAAGACCGGAAAGCUGAAGCCCGGUGUUACUGCUGGCGAUAUCGGACACAAGGCCGGCCGUCAGGGACUCGACAACGGCUGGAUCCAGUUCACAUCUGUCAGGAUCCCCCGCCUGAAUAUGAUGAUGAAGUGGGCUUCCAUGUCACCCGAAGGCGAGUUCACCCCUUCGCCUAACCCCGUCCUCUCUUACGCUACCUUGAUCCCUGAGCGUUUCACUUUGCUUGGAGGAUCACAGGUCAUCCUCUCCCAGACCUUGACCAUUGCUGUCCGCUAUGGUGCUGUCCGUCGUCAAGGAAACCACGAUGAGCAGAUUUUGGAUUACCAGACUCAUUAUACCAGCUUGAUGCCCGGAGUUGCGUUCAUCUAUGCGCUCAACAUUGUCGACCAUGAGUUGAUGACAAAGUGGAACGAGGUUGCGGGGUAUGCCCAGACGGAUGCCGGCGCGUUCAUGAGGGAGAUCCCUGACCAGCACGGAGUCUCUGCCGGAUUCAAGGGUGCCAUGUCUUGGUACGCGACCGAAGUCCUGGAGAACUGCCGUCGCGCCUGUGGAGGUCACGCUUACUCAUCUUACAACGCCAUUGCUGGUUUGAUUGGCGACUACGGAGUCAUGACGACUGGCGGUGGAGACAACGUCGUUUUGAUGCAGCAGUCGGCUCGCUACCUGAUCACGACCCUCAAGUGGGCCCAGGAAGGCCAGGAGGUCUUGGGAUCUGUCAGCUACCUCAACGACUACAAGAAGGUCCUCUCAACCCCAAAGUCCACCAUCCAAGACGCGCGCGAUCUCCUCCAGCACGAGUUUGUGAUCGAUGUCUUGACUUGGGCAUGUGCCAAGAAGGCAACCGAGCUGGGCGCAAUCCUGGCCGAGGCUGGUAAAGCCAACUUUGACCAGGCUUGGAACACCAACCAGACCGAGCUGGUCCGUCUUGCCGAUGUCCACUCCUGGAGAUACUUCUUGAUCCUCUACCAGCAGGGCAUCAACCGUCACAAGCAUACUCCCGUCUACGGAAUGCUUCGCAAGAUGGGCCAGCUCUUGAGCACCCUUGUCCUCCAGAGACAUUUGGAUCUGUUCUUGGAGGAGGGGUACUUCAAUGGGUCUCACGCCAAGAUGGUCCGACAGUUGUUCUUGGAUCAGUGCAAGGACUUGCGUAAGGAUGCUAUCCCCUUGAUUGAUGCCUGGGCUAUCCCUGAUUUCAUCCUCAAGGCGCCUAUUGGAAAGUAUGAUGGAAACAUCUACCCUGCUUACUUUGGUACUGUCACUGCUGCCCAGCAGUCGUUUGAUGCCCCUGCCUACUGGCACAAGCAUGCCCACCCGAUGUUGAACGGGAAGAAAUCCUGCAAGUGCUAA